UUUUUGGUAUACGUUUGGCAAUAUAAUGUUUAUCAACAAAACAUUUAUCGAUUUGGAAAAUAAAUUUAAUGCAAAUAAUAUACUGUAAAUUGCUAUUUCUAACACUUUAUUUGCAUGCAUUAGCUUACUGGACCUCAGGUCAGUGGUACUAACUGGUACUAAACUCCCUUGCUAAUAAAUAUUUAUGGUUUUACAAAUUGAAGAUAAUAUUUUAAGGCAGAAGGCAAUACGUUUAACGAUGAAUGAUGAAAGUCGCCAGGACCCAGAGAAUAGGAGCACGAGCGGCAGAGAUGGACAGCUGGACUUAUUUAAUUUAAUUGGAGGAAGUUGGCCACCAGCACCAAAGGAGCCAGAACACCCUGAGUAUGGGUCACAGCCUCACAGUCCAAAACGAACUAUGCAGCGGCCCACCCAUGAACGCAUCAAGUCUAUAAACCUCAUCAACCACUUGGAGCGCCGAAAAAAUAAACCUACUACAUCCGGGACAAGUAUCAACUCUGACGAAUCUAUCCAAACUACAAAAAUGGUUCAUGAACCUAAAAAAAUCGAAACUGGCCUUUUGGUAGAUGUGUGUAGUGGUGAAACUCAAGAAGAGUUUUACGAUUCUCCAUCUCUGGGAUCGCCCCGGGCGGUGAACGCCAAAGCCAACCAGUCACCACAAGCACUGCAAGAGGACAUCGGAGUAGGGUCCCUAGUAGAAGUCGCCACAGAUGUCGAUCAGAAUUACUACGGCGUAGUAAGGUGGAUCGGCCUGAUUGAUGACAUAGCGACGGCGGGUGUAGAGCUGGAAGAGAGUGUGUGCGGACUGGGUGAUGGCAGUCACCGCGGGCAGCGGCUGUUCGCGUGCGGCGCGGGCCGCGCGCUAUUCGUGCCGCUGCCGCUGUGCCGCCGCGACGCGCGCUUCCGCGACACGCCGCCGCCCGAGCCGCACCACGCCGAGCACUACGACCAGCCCGAGUGCCCCGUGGUGCGCGGCGUGGUGCCGCCGCUGAGCGCGCUGGGCUCGCUGGCGGGCAAGAGCCGCGGCAUCCAGGGCCACCACAACUCGUGCUACCUGGACGCCACGCUCUUCGCCAUGUUCACCUUCACCAGCGUGUUCGACGCGCUGCUCUACCGCCCGCCCGAACCGGAGGACUCGCCCCACUACACGGAGGUGCAGCGCGUGCUGCGCGAGGAGGUGGUGAACCCGCUACGCAAGCACGGCUACGUGCGCGCCGACCGCGUCAUGAAGCUGCGCACGCUGCUCGAGCGCCUCUCCGACGUGCCCGGCCUCACGUCCGAGGAGAAGGACCCUGAAGAAUUUUUAAAUGGUUUAGUAGCACAACUGCUUCGAGCGGAGCCGUUCCUGAAGCUGUCUUCAGGCCAAGAAGCAUAUUGCUAUCAACUGUUUGUGGAGAAAGAUGAACAUGUCACAUUGCCAAGCGUUCAACAACUUCUAGAACAGUCUUUCGCAACUUCAGGAGUCAAACUUAGUGAGGUACCAGCUGCGUUUAUAAUUCAGAUGCCUCGCUUCGGAAAGCAAUACAAACUGUACCAGCGAGUGCAGCCGUCGCCGUUAUUGGAUGUCACUGAUCUCAUAGAAGGAUUGCCGCGGCAGUGCACGGUGUGCGGCGCGCUGGCCCGCUGGGAGUGCGGCGCGUGCGCGGCGGCCGGCGCGCUGGACGCGGGUGCGCUGUGCGCCGCGUGCCUGCGGCUGGCGCACGCCACGCGCCCGCACCACAAGGCGACGCCGCUGUCAGUGUGCGAGGAGUACGCGCCGCUGCUGGAGACGAGCCCCGCGCCGCGCGUGUACAUGGAGCUGUUCGCCGUGCUGUGCAUCGAGACCAGCCACUACGUCGCCUUCGUGAAGACCGGCGCCCCGCACGACGCGCCCUGGUGCUUCUUCGACUCCAUGGCCGACAGGAAGGGAGAGCGCAACGGGUACAACAUCCCGGAGAUCGUGGAGAUCGCGGAGCUGGGCGCGUGGCUGAGCGAGGAGGGCGGGCGCGCGCUGCACGCCGCGGCGCCGCUCGACCGCCAGCUGCCGGCGCCCGCCAAGCGUCUGCUGGCCGACGCCUACAUGUGCUUCUACCGCAGCCCCGACCUCGCCAUGUACCGGUAACGAGCCCGGCGACACCACCUACACCACCUCCACCACCUACACCACCUACACUGUCUCAACUGUAUGUGCAAUCGUGGAGCGCAAACGCACUAGCAGUCUUAAAUUUCGUUGCGAUGCGACAAGAGAGCGAUAUUUUCGAUCCGCCGACAUGUCUUUUUGUCUUCAUGCAAAAUGUCGUAACGCAUUAGUUUUACUCAUCGUCAUCUGUAAAAGUGGAUGACACACUUCAUUGUAAGUGGAAACCAUCACUUAUAGACAGAUUAACACUUGCUGCUCUGUUAAUCAACUCGAGGCGUAGGUGUCCUUCAGACUGAAGCACAACAAUGCUGAUUGGAUUGAAAAAGAAGCAUGGCCGUAGUAAAUCAUUCAUGGUCGAGCUCUGUUAAAAAAAAAUCGACUAGUUUUACUUUUAAACUAAAUAGUUUGUAUACUUCACUAUAUAAUCGAAGGGAAUUCCCAAAAUGUUAGUGCAAAUAUUGGCAUACCUUUGAUAUUUGCAACUUACUUUUCACACAUGCGUUUUUAUAACAAACAUAAUUUAUUUGCUGAGCGAUUUCAGUCUACUAUCAUUAGCCAAACUCUACUAUUAACGGCCGUUUUCAAUAACCUACUCAAGAUUACGAAUAGAUAGCUAUCCUCGAUUAUCAGUAACAGUAAAACUAUCUUUACAUAGUCAAACUAUCUGUCAGUAAGUUAUUGAAAAGUAGAUAUGAACUGAAAAUAGAAAUGACAGAUAAAUAGGUUAUUGAAAACGGCCUUUAGUAUGUAAACUAUGCAAACAUUAAAUGAGAAUGAUGAUGAAAUGAAAAAGUAUUUUAGCAUAAUAUAGUAGCUCUAUUUGUAAUAUACUAUAAAUCUAAUCUUGUAAUUGUAAAUGACUAAUUAAAUAAUAGAAGACGAAAGUCUUCGAACAGUGCGUGUUGCCAGUGAUGACCUAUGGUUCCGAGACUUGGUCGCUAACUAUGGGCCUCAUAAGAAGGCUCAGAGUCACACAGCGGGCGAUGGAACGAGCUAUGUUAGGAGUAUCUCUGCGUGAUCGAAUCAGAAAUGAAGAGAUCCGCAGAAGAACCAAAGUCACCGACAUAGCUCAACGAGUUGCGAAGCUGAAGUGGCAAUGGGCGGGGCACAUAGUUCGAAGAGCCGAUGGACGUUGGGGUCCCAAAGUGCUGGAAUGGCGACCCCGCACUAGUAAGCGCAGUGUUGGCCGACCCCCCACCAGGUGGACUGACGACAUCAAGCGAGUCGCAGGGAUUCGCUGGAUGCAGGCGGCUCAGUAUCGUGAUGUUUGGAAGUCCCUACAAAUAUGCUGACAAAUAUGGCUGAUAUGAUGAUGAUGAUGAUGAUGAAUUAAAUAAUUAUUUAGUUGAUGAAUCCUAACAAAUGAGACAGACCUAUUUUCGUUAGUUUUUGUGUUAUAUAAGUCAUAAUUAUGACGCACACAAACCUUUCUACAAAAGGCAUUCCUAGUUAAUAGAUUUAUGUUUAGAAGCUAUUAAUACUAAUUAGAAAUAAUAAAACUGUAAACAUAUUGUAUAAUUAUUAUUUAUUUGUAAAUUAUUUUUAAAUAACGUAAAAUAGUAUUUAUGUAAAUGAGAUAAUAUUGUGUAAAUAAAAAAUAUAAAACAAUAAGUGUUUUUUUUUUUCCAUUUCCUAAUAAAAAUAGUUUUAUGUAUGUAUUAGAUUCAUUAUUAUCAUAGCUAAUUGUUCCCUUAAAGUAUUAAUUAAUAUCCUUAUAUCUAAAAAUAUUGAACACAUGAAAAAUUAUUAAAAACCACUCACUAAACUAAAAAUAGAAAA